AUGGAAGUGGAUACGGGAGCUGCGGUGUCAAUUAUGCCAGAAAGCGUCUGGAGGAAAUUGUCGUCAACAAAACCAGUACAAAAGUCCAACGUUAAAUUGCGAAGUUAUUCCGGACACGAAAUUCCGGUGUUGGGUGAAAUUGAUGUGGGCGUGGUGUAUGGGAACCAAAAGGCUCAUCUACCUGUUAUAGUGACUAAUAAUGAAGGCCCUGUUCUAUUAGGUCGCAACUGGUUGUCGGUGUUAAAGCUGAAUUGGAGUCAAAUAAAGAAAGUUUCAGUUAAGCGGGUCAACAAUGUGGAGCAACUAACUAGUCAGUAUUCCUCGUUAUUUGAUGAUUCGUUGGGUACGGUCAAAGGAGUGAAGGCACAUUUGAAGAUGAAGCCAAACGCGACGCCCAAACUUUUCAAACCCAGACCUGUUCCAUUUGCUCUGAAAGACAAAAUCGGCGAGGAACUAAACCGGUUGGAGGAACUCGGGGUGUUGGAAAAGGUCGAGUUCUCUGAGUGGGCAACUCCAAUCGUGCCAGUAUUGAAACCAGAUGGAAGUGUACGGAUAUGUGGGGAUUAUAAAGUCACCAUUAAUCCAUGUCUUGAUGUGCAAGAAUAUCCAAUGCCUACUGCUGAGGAAUUAUUUACAAAACUAAACGGGGGCGAGAAAUUCUCGAAGAUUGAUCUGUCAUCUGCGUAUCAACAAGUUCUGUUGGAAGACGAGUCAAAGCCAUAUGUUACGAUUAACACCCAUUUGGGGCUAUAUCGGUAUACGAGAUUGCCUUUUGGAGUAGCCUCAAGCCCAGCCAUUUUUCAAAAGACUAUGGACGUGGUGUUGAAUGGUCUACAAGGAGUUGGAGGUAUUCUUGAUGAUUUGAUCAUUACGGGCAAGAAUGAUGAGGAACAUUUGCGAAAUCUCGACAGCACUCUUAAUCGUCUUCAGAGUAUGGGAAUUCAGCUGAAGAAAUCGAAGUGUGUGUUCCUGCAACCCUCAGUGGAGUAUUUUGCAUUUGUGGUGGAUCGACAAGGAAUCCAUCCAUCGCCUCGUAAAGUUCAAGCCAUUCGGGAAGUUCCAAUUCCAGAAAAUCCAACAGAUUUAAAGUCAUUCUUAGGUUUAGUGAACUAUUAUCGCAAGUUCAUUCCGGAUAUGGCAACUUUGGUAAAUCCUCUUAAUCGGUUGCUAUCCCAAGAUGUUCCUUGGAACUGGUCCGACGACUGUCAGAAGGCAUUUGAAACUUUAAAGUCAGCUUUGGAGAAGUCACCAUUGUUAACGCAUUACGACCCAAGAAAUCCGUGA